GAGGGACCGUGUGUGCAGAGCGGGUCGUGUGUGUGAAUGGAAGGAGGGGUAGCGGUGCUCGCAGUGUUUGUAGCCCGCGUGGGAGAAGAAUAGGGAUCGAAGGGGUGUGGAGGGAGAGGAGGAAAAGGCAAAGUGUGUAGCGCGGAGGGAAGCGGAGAAGUGGGGAAUGUGGGCGGAGGGGGCCGGGGCAGCGGGUGUGCAGCGGGGAAAAGGAGGAAUAGGCAGGGUCUGUGUGUGUGCAGGGCAGGGGGAGGAGGAGGAACAGGCAGAGUGCGUGUGGGGUGGAAGGGGGAGGGGGGCGAUGUGCGAGGAGGGGGAGGAGGCGGCUGAGUUGUGGGAUUGGGUCAUGGGGAGGCUGACGGGCUCCGACUACACCGACACUAAUUCCCAGGCCACCCUUAAGGAAUGAGGAGCCCCACGUGAUGCUGGCGGGGCGGGCGAACUCUGAGCCAUUUUGGGGACGGUGUCAGUUUCCACUGUGUGCCUUCAGCGUUGCAUUUUUUCCCUCCUCCGCCCUCCCUUCCCUGUUUCCCCACCAACAACUAUGAAAUAAUAAUAAUAAAAAGGAGACCAAGAGGCAGAGCAGGGGGCCGAGGGGGAGACAAUGGGCUGGUGGAGACAGAACCCAUCCGGAUUAGAAAGAUUUUAAACUCCCAGCUCCUCAGCCACCCAAAAACCAGACUCAGAGAGAGAGACAGAGGGAGUGAGAAGGGUCGGUGGAGGAGAGGAGAAAACCCGGUUGUUUUGUAACUAACAUGAGCUGAGAGCAGCAGCAGCAGCAGCAGCAAUAAGCUUAUUGCAAUUGACAGCGUCUGCAGUUCAUUUCAAGAUGGCCGCUUGGCUCACAUUCAUUUUCUGCUGAACGACUUUUAACUUUCAUUGUCUUUUUUGGCCGCUCCGAUCAUCACCCACCGGCUCCUUUUUCCGGAGCCGCCUUUUCUUAAGCAAAAAUGCACCGAACAACCAGAAUCAAAAUAACCGAGCUAAACCCCCAUCUCAUGUGUGUGCUCUGUGGCGGGUACUUCAUUGAUGCAACAACCAUCAUAGAGUGUCUACACUCCUUCUGUAAGACGUGUAUCGUACGUUACUUGGAGACAAGCAAAUAUUGUCCUAUAUGUGAUGUCCAAGUUCAUAAAACCAGACCGCUUUUGAAUAUAAGGUCAGAUAAAACUCUCCAAGAUAUUGUGUACAAACUAGUACCAGGCCUUUUCAAAAAUGAAAUGAAAAGAAGAAGAGAUUUUUAUGCAGCUCAUCCAUCAGCUGAUGCUGCCAAUGGCUCUAAUGAAGACAGGGGAGAAGUUGCAGACGAAGACAAAAGAAUUAUAACAGAUGACGAGAUAAUAAGCUUAUCCAUUGAAUUCUUUGACCAGAAUAGAUUGGAACGGAAAGGAAAUAAAGAGAGAGAGAAAUCAAAGGAUGAGGUGAAUGACAAAAGAUAUUUGCGCUGCCCAGCAGCAAUGACAGUGAUGCAUCUAAGAAAGUUUCUCCGCAGUAAAAUGGACAUACCUAAUACUUUUCAGAUCGAUGUGAUGUAUGAAGAGGAACCUUUGAAGGACUACUAUACACUAAUGGAUAUUGCCUAUAUUUACACUUGGAGAAGGAAUGGACCUCUUCCUCUGAAGUAUCGAGUUCGACCGACUUGCAAAAGAAUGAAGAUCAGCCACCAGAGAGAAGGCUUAAAUAAUAGCGGAGAAUUAGAAAGUGACUCUGGGAGUGACAAGGCAAGCAGCCCAGCAGGAGGCAUCCCCUCUACUUCAUCUUGUUUGCCCAGCCCCAGUACGCCAGUGCAGUCUCCCCAUCCUCAAUUUCCUCAUAUCUCUAGUACUAUGAAUGGAACCAGCAGCAGCCCCACCAGUAACCACCAAUCCUCCUUUACCAACAGAGCGCGGAAAACAUCAAUAAAUGGCUCUUCAGCAACUUCAUCGGGCUGACACCUCAAUGAGACUGCCGAAACCCCUGAUUUAUAUAGAUCUCUUCAUGCCAUUACAGCUUUAUAGAUGCUAAUACGUGUGACUAUCGUCCAAAUCGCUUUCUUUUGUAGUGACACCGAACUUGGCUAUGAAAGAUGGAUUAGGUGACUGUUUAUAUGGACGUUAAUUACAACGAAAGAUUGUUCUGUAAAGAAUUAUUUUCAAGGGACUGGGAAGCGAACAGAAGUGUACCAUGAUGUGUUAGGAAAGAGUUGGAGUGAUUGCUGUCCCCAUCAUUUAGACGUGGGAACCUCCGGAAGUGGAUAUAAACCUUGGGAUGUAGUUUGUUAAUCCAGACUAACUCCUACAUUACAUUCUCUUCAAUUGUUGUUGUUAUUAUGCUGUUUUGUGAACCUGUAGAAAGCAACUGCUUUUUCAUCUUGAAAUUCAACAAAACGGAAAGAAUAUGCAUAGAAUAAUGCAUAUAUGUAGCCAUGUCACUGUGAAUAACUAUUUCUUGCGUAUUAGCCAUUUUGAUUCUUAUGUUGCAUCCUUACUUUUCUGUUGCUGCGCAGAACCGAUCAAAAUGAAAGUAAACUUCAGUUUUACAGUUUGUAUGCCUAAAAGCGGGUAUUACCGUUUUAUUUACUGACUUUGUUUAAAUGAUUCGCUUUUAUAAGAAUCAGAUGGCAUUAUGCUUGUUGUACAAUGCCAUAUUGGUAUAUGACAUAACAGGAAACAGUAUUGUAUGAUAUAUUUAUAAAUACUAUAAAGAAAAUAUUGUGUUUCAUGCACUCAUGAUAUGGUUGUUAAAUUUCCAAACUGGUUCGACCCCUGCAGAUGCCACUUGUUUGAAUUUUGCUGAUAUUGCAGAGAACACUGUGUGUGUGUGAAAGCUUCAUUUGAGAGCUAUCACAAAUUUCUGUUAACCUGAAAGCAAUUGGCAAUCUUAAUAGGAUUUUAUGGGCUUUAUCUUGUUUCAAGUGAUAUUUUUACUUUUACCCAACUAUACUAAUAGUUUAAAUGGUGCAGUGAAGAAAAAUUAAGGAACAUGGAAGUGGUUUACCUGUUUGGUUAGUUUUAUUAUUUGGUGUGAUGAGAUUGUGUUUUUUAAAAGCACAUGAAAUCAUUAUAGAAGCCAUAAAAUAUGUGGUAUAAAUUUUAAGGAACCAGCAAGUUGCUGGAUGAAGGCAUUUUAUCUAAAUUUGUUUUAAUAUAUAUAUGUAUAUGGUACAGUACUAACUUCAUUAACAUUUAACAGGUACUUUAAUAUUUCCAAUAAACUGUGGAGAACGCCUCCUCUUUAAUGUUCUGCCAAUAGGAGCAUUUUAUCAGAGGCUUCCAAAAGUAUUAUUUUUGAACUAGAAGGAACACUUUCAACUUAAAAUAUGAAUAGCCCAGAACACUUUUCAGUUUGUGCUUUGCUUUGGUCGAACUUCGUGUGUGUUCAUCACCCAUCAUUUAUACAUUUGUGAGGGUGUUUAUUCUAUAUGGAUAUCGUUUCAUGUUUGUACGGGAAAAUUGUAGUUAAACAUUUCAUUGUCUCCAGUCUGCAACAGAAGCACAAUUCUAUUGCUUUGUCUUGCUUAUAGUCAUUAAAUCAUUACUUUUGCAUAUAAAUUGCUGUUACUUGUCCCGCUUGUUUUUAUAGAUCAGAUGACUGCAAAUCCUCCACUGGGAUUAUUGAUGUAUAAUGUCUUGUUAAACGAGAUUUGAUAUUUUUUCCUGUAGUAAACAUGUACAGUUCCAUUUGAGCAGUUAAAACGUUCAGUUUUAUAUACAGGAAUAUCCUUCAUUUAUAGUUGAUCAAAGAAAUAAACAAAUAAAAGGGAUACUUCAUUGAA